AAGUUUAGCGUCACAGGAAAUACCUCACUUCCUUUAAGUAAGGUCAACAUUAUACUGUGGUCCUUACUCCAAACGGUAUAUUAUAGUAACUACUGAGAAAACGUUCAGCAUGUGUCAUUCACAAAAAGAAUUAUCGGGUUGAUAACCGCAGAAGUAAAUAUCCAUGGGGCUUCAACGCUUGUUUGGUUUAAAAUCGUUAGAAUGGAUUGUUAUUAACUGAAUCCCAUCGUUGUUUGACCUUACCAACAUGGCCGACUACCUCCCAUUUCUCAUUUUUUUCAUGGAAUAUCUGGGAUACUCAUAUCCGGUAAGGUCAAUUUCCCCCAGGUCCGCCAUUUCAGUUUGUUAUAAGAAGUUCUCGGGGAAAUUUGAUUAUAAAAAAACCAAACUUUUAUUUAUUUUAAUAAAUAUUAGGGACAGUUUGCUGUAUCCUCGAUUAAAUUAAGCUCAGCUGGGCGGGCUGCGUUUGGAUUCUGAUCAUUUUAACGGCAGGGCGGCGUGGAUGUCGUUAUUUUUUUAAACGGGCUCUCCCAAGUUAAAGUUUUGUAUGACUUGAGAGCUGAGUGUGGAAAGGAAGAGUCGAAGGGAAGGGCCUGCGAAGCCGCGGUGUCGGAGUGCCAGCCAUGGCCGGGAAUUUCGACUCGGAGGACCGCGUGAGUUGGUACUGGGGGAGACUAAGCCGGCAGGAGACGGUGUCCCUGUUGCACGGACAGAGACACGGAGUUUUCCUUGUAAGGGACUCGACCACCAUUCCGGGGGACUACGUCCUCUCCGUCUCGGAGAAUUCCAAAGUGUCCCACUACAUUAUCAACAGCAUCAGCAACAACAGACAGUCCAGCACAGGAUUAAGCCCCCCUAGGUUCCGGAUAGGAGACCAGGAAUUCGAGGCACUCCCCGCCCUUCUGGAGUUCUAUAAAAUCCACUACCUGGACACUACCACCUUGAUAGAGCCCAUUUCCAAAUCCAAACACUCUGGCGGCGGAGGGGGGCCGCUUGCUGGGGGCGGGCCGGCGCUCUCCCAGCGUCCGGAGGAUGCUGAGUACGUGCGCGCCCUCUUCGACUUCCCCGGCAACGACGAGGAGGACCUGCCCUUCCGCAAGGGGGACAUCCUGCGCGUGCAGGAGAAGCCGGAGGAGCAGUGGUGGAACGCGGCCAACGUGGAGGGCAGGUCGGGCAUGAUCCCCGUCCCCUACGUGGAGAAAUACCGGCCCUCGUCCCCCACCGGCGGAGGUAACCAGGACGGGCAGCUCCCGCAGCCGCCACUCCCAGGCGGGCAGGAGCCAGGGGCGUACGCCCAGCCCAGCCUCAACACUCCGCUCCCCAACCUCCAGAACGGGCCCGUUUUUGCCAGGGCUAUCCAGAAGCGAGUCCCCAAUGCCUAUGACAAGACGGCCUUGGCUUUAGAGGUUGGUGACAUGGUGAAGGUGAUGAAGAUCAAUGUGAACGGUCAGUGGGAGGGGGAGUGCAAAGGCAAGCGCGGCCACUUCCCCUUCACACACGUGCGGCUCCUCGACCAGCAGAACCCAGAGGAGGACUUGAGCUGAGAGCGGCUGGCUGGGACCCACCUUCCAUCCACAUCAUCCCCAUCACAGUCACCCCACUGCCCGACCCAAAAACAAGUCAGCUGUGUCUCUGAUCCCUCUCUCCCUGUCUCCCUGGGAUCCAUAUUCAGAAAGCAUUAGCGCGCUGGUAAAGGCAUAGCACAGGACGCAUUUGAAGUUUCCCCUUAAAGGAUCCGGAAUCGGGGAAUCUGUUCACAUUAAACAACAACAAAAAAACUACAACGAAUGCGUGUGUAAAAUAAUGCUUGUGGCUCGUUGCUGUAUUAUAUACAUGUAACCUUUCUUUAAUUAACUUUGUGGGGCUCCUCGAGGGAGAUGCUUUACCCUAUCUGUUUUCUUCAUUUCUUACAUAUGAAUAUAUUAGGAUUAAAGUAAUCUCAUACUCAGUGGUGUUGGGGGUGGCUUAACAACGAAGGCACGCGGGCAGAUGUCCAUGCAAGCAAUGCCAUGCCAUAGGAAAGUUCAUCAGCAAUCGCACAAUUGCAGUAAAAGUUAUGAAUUUAUAUAUGAUGUGGUUACUGAGAGACUAAUGCUUUCUGAAUAUAGUGUUUCAUCCCCUCCUCCCUCCACCGGUCCCGGUUGCAUUGAAUCUUUUUAAGGGUUUACGACAAGCAAGCUAGGAUUGGCCGACUGUUCCACUAGAUCCUGAAGAGCUCAGACUUGACCAAGGUACUGACGAAUAAAGGGGCUUGCCAAAUUAAUAUCCACUGUUUCAAUCAAACACUAGGUGAUGUUUUUCCCCCUCCUGUUUCUAAAUGGAUGCAUCUUGUAGUGCAUUAAAUAUGAGCGGUAUGAGGGUUAUGUAGAUUUCCUGAUUUUGUUUUAAAUAUAUUCUACCCCCUAUUCCAGUGUUGACACUAUCUAGCACCAUUUCGGCUUGCUACCCUUUUCUUUCACGUCUCACGCCUGCUUUAAAUUCUCAGUAGAAGCCACUUUGUUUGUCACAAUGGUGGAGAUCAUCCCACAUCUACUUAUGACGUCAAGGUGCACACAAAGCUGCCCUGUGAGGAGUGGAGAAAGACUUUGGUGGCAGCUGAAGUUUAUAUAAUUCUGCGCCAUUAGCUGAAACAGCAUGACCGUGGCAAACACGCUGUCACUCACACAAUUCAUUGAGAAACGGGUCUGCUUCUCUGUGUUAAAAACACUUGCCUGAAUACCGUGCAGAACAGAAAACCGCAUCUGCCGACGAGGACUGUUGUCGGAAGAUUCACAGCAGGCAGACCACUGGGAAUAAAGCAGCCCAGGACUUUCUGAGUCUGGCCAGCUUGUUUCUAGAAUCACACAUUAUGGGGCGAAAUGCAGAGCAAUGAAGAAUUGACUGGAUUGUGUAAUCAGUGCAAUGGAUCUGGGGAUCUGAAUGGAACAGAAAUUGCUAAGAGCUAUAAUCAUUUAAACAUACAUUACAUCAUGUAUUCACACCCUUUUUUUUUUUAAACCAAGUUAGCCUGGGCACGAUUUGAAUUUGCUUAAACUGAGAAUGAUUUAAGUUGCUUAUUUGAAAGAUUUUCUCUAGUGUUCUAUGUUGCUCUGAUGAGUUCGUUUUAAAAUACGGUCUUUAGAAUAUUCAAUUACCAAAAAACACUAAACCCUCUUGGCACUGCCCUAGACUAGACGCAGCACUGCAGUGCAGAUUUCAAUAAGAAGUAACUGCAGCAGCACUGCACCCAUACACUUUAUUUGUCCUUUUCUUGGGCUGUGUGUUUGCAAUCCAGCCUAGCCCUUCAAGGACACUUUGAUGUAUUUGCAUUAUCCCGUGUUCAUUCACUAACCUUUUGUUAAGCAUUAAUGUGUCACUGAUUGCAGUGUAGGCCAGUGGCUCUCCGUUCCAGUUCCCUCUGGCUCUGAUACAGGGUUUGGUGAACUUGGCCCUUCCCAUUAAACCUCUAUCCAGGUCCUUAAACAGUUCACCGUUUCAUUUUCAUCUGUUUCACAGACUUGAUUAUGCACAUUAAUGUAUCUUGGUAUAACAGGCAUAAAGCUGGUUUCAUACACCCUGGUUAGCAUAGACUGGACCCAAUGUUGUACCUAUAGCUGAGUUAGUCCAACAUCAAUGUAAUCAAGGGCUGUGAAACAGGCUUCUGGCUAUCUAACCAGUUCCAAAAGAUUGAAUUAUAUUAUAUGUGCUCUUGAAUGGAUUAAGUUGGGUUUCUUUUUAAAUGAUUGGAUGAAUAAAUAAAUAAAUAAACACAUUUUAGAUUCACUUUAUUUAAAACCCAGACUGUUUGUUGCCACCAGGAGCUGGAGUCGGGAGCAGCUGAUUUUGGGGCUGCUGCAAUAUUGCACCCCUGGGUUUUUAUUUGCUCGACAGCAUCUAAAAAUUGCUCGUGUGUGUUUGAGCAGGCCGAGACUGGAGCAGUCUUUUGUUCUAAGCAGGCCUGUUCCAGUCUGCCUUUGUCUUCUCCAGUGUACCAAGUAAACCUCUGUAAAGCAGUGUGUUGCUUCUAUGAGCUGAUGCUGCUGCAUAUCAAUGGACUCCACAGGAAUCACGUGAUCGAGCCCCUUUAGCUUGAGCAGUCUGUCUCAAAUGCAGCAUCACGCAACUCCGUGUCGACUCUCUGUCUGCGUCUGGCAGCCUGGAUGAGAGUUUGUAAGAGAGCGGCUUUUGAUCUGGGGCGAUCGGUUCAUUUCAAAGUGAUACGAACAGUCUGUGUGUUCCGGGUCGUACACACAGUCUCGCUGCCUUUGGGUUUUACCUUCAGCUGUUUCCCCUUUCCCAGUUAGAUGAUUGUUUAGCUGCUGUUGCUUCUUUCAUUCAUCAGUGUCAUGGACAUUUCCAGACACUGCAGCCCGCAGGGGGUUUGCCAGUCUCCUAAGCAGCAGAUUCUGCAUUCUCUUACUUGCUGUAAGCAGCAGCAAAGUCUGCCUCAUUGUCUUGACCGCUGUGUCAUUUAAAAUAUAUAUAUAUAUACAUAUACACACAGAUAUUUUCUGAUCAUGAAUCUGAACUGUGGGAGACCUGUUUUAAUACCACUAAGAAAUGCAGUUUUAGAUAAGAAAAAACAUCAGUACUUUUUUUUUUGUUCCAGUACCACUAUUACCGUGGGAGACGGCAGUGUGGUGGAUAAAGAUGAAAUCAUUGUUCAGACACUGGCAUAGUUAUCGCAUAUUAGAUUUGAUCUAAAACUGAUCAAUCCAUACAAGCCUGUUUUAAAAAGAAAUAUUGGGCACCAAGUUCUGUGUUUAAAAUGUUGAAAUCCCUUUUAUGCUUGCUCUGCUUUUGUCUGUGUGGUUUUGCAUGCGAGUGCGUGUUCGUAUGCGAAUUCCCUGAUCAGUACUGUUUGUCAUUGUCUGUGUUUGCAUCGCUACAGUACUGACGCAGCAGGUGCAUCUUUUGAAAAGCAUUAAAGCGAAUUCAGAAACUUCAGUCACUGUAAAGGUGUUAUUGUAAAUAGCGUUGUAUAGAGAAGCACUUAACCAGCCCUAUACCACUGUGGUUCAUUUAAAGUGUUACAGGAGGUUUGUAUACGAUCCUGACAAACUCUGUAGCUAUUGAUGAAAUAUAUAAAGCAGUACAGUUCAGGAAAGGGUCGUGUGGCAAUGGUCUUUGUAUGGAUCCUGCAGAAAAUGAUUUAUAUGCAAAUGCCUAUGGUAUUCAUCUGUAGAUAUUUUUUUGGAAUGAGUAUUCCUGUGAUUGCAUGCAUGUGCUAAACCACCUGAUCUACAGUGUCUCCUGCUGUAAAACCACCUGCACCCAUCUUCAGCACCACUGGAGUCAUACUGAACCAUGUUACAAAAUGCUGCUAUUCAGAAAGUGGUACGUUUCAUCUUCGAAUCUUAAUGUUUUGAACUCUCUAGAAUACUGUUUGAAACGAGAAGCCGCCCACACAACAUAAAGAUUUCGUUAGAUUGUAAUUUACGAACUAGACCUAAUUGGAGAACAACACUAUCAAUAACAGCAAUGAAUGAGGUCAGUCCUGUUCAACCUAUUGGUCAUUUUACUGAUGAAUUGAUUAACCCAGCCCCACACACACGCCCAAAGGUCUGUGUAUUGCUUUAAGAUGUCAAUAAUCCUAGCAUCUAGUCCAACAUUACAAUCUAAAUUUGGGUUAUCGACUUCUUCAAUAGCAGGAGUAAAAGAUCAUGAAACGUCAAAGUGAUGCAAAUGUCAAAACGUUAAGCCGAACGUGUCAUAAAAGCCCAGGUAUCCAUCGAGCGGUUUUUGGUCUGAUUCCAGAUAGAAUGGCUUGCUCUUGGCUGUUUCUCUGUCGUGUGUGUGUGUGUGUGUGUGAUCCUGACUGUGACUCGUCUUCCCAAGUGAAAAGGAGGAACCCAAUAAAAUAAACUGCAGCAGAUCAACUGUACCGCCAAACAAUUUAAAUGCAAAUGGAGUCAUAGGCAGUUUGCCAGAUGUUUUGAUGUGACCGGUAAUAUUGACCUGCUCGAGACGUUAAAUAAAGCCAAACGCUGGGCUUUCCAGCAUGUCAGAGUGUCAUAAUCAUGCAUUUUUAACAUGGAAAACCCAGUCCUAAUAACUAGUAUCGUUUACACAUUCCUCGUUCACAUCGGGGUAUAUUAUGUACGGAACACCCAGCCUGUUGCUUUUGUGUUACAUAUAUAUCAGACAUGCUUCAUACAGUCUGUCUGUUCAGGUGUGUGUUUCGGAGACUGUGGUCUGUGGCACGUCUGUGUGGAAGCAAACCUAGGACCCCCCCCCCCAAAAAAAAAAACAAAAAACUGGGGUGUUAAUGAUGAACAACAUGCACUUGCUAUGUAUGUUUUUAUCAUUAUUAGAAUUCUGUUCUACUGAUAAUUUAACAAAGCUUUCCUGAUAGACUGCAUUUGAACACAGAGAAUUGCUUGUUGUGACUCAGUUUGCUUAUCCACGGUGCUAAAAACCAGGCCAUGUUAAACAUAUCCCUUUCUGAACGACCCCACCCCUGUGAUGUUCUGCCCACGUAGUCGGCUUCUUUUUCUUUAUGUGUUUAAUGAUUCUCAUUUGUUGUUCAUGCCUAUACAUAUUUUUAAAAUUCUUAUUUUUGUAAUAACCGUGUGUAAUUGGUUUUCUUCUUUGGGUUUUGGGAGGGGGAGUUGCAAAUAGAAAUCGUGAUUUAUAUUAACAUGAAGAUGUGCCAUUGUAUUAUAACCCUAUAUAUUCCUUCAUGCCAGUUGAAAUUGACUUUUUUUAUUUUCUGUAGCAUGUAAUGUAUGUUUAUAAUAUACCUAGCAAAUAAAGCCAAUUGACAAAUUA